CCUUUAAAUCGCGCUGCCUCUCAUUGGUCGGUGUAAAUUUUUCUGGAGGAGCUGAAGUGCGGUCCGCCGCGGGUUUUCAGACCGGAGGCCGUGAAACGCCCCGCAGAGGCCGGUGUGUCUCUGGUAAACCGGGCCGACGGGGACAGCAGCCGCAGGUUCACUAACAAACACGCCAGCAGGUCCACAGUGAGACCCAGAGACGCCCGGACAACGCGCCAGUCCGAGGGGAGGACGCCAUUUUGUUUUUGUUGUUUUCUGGCGGGGCGGGGCUACACAUUCUGACGUCACUGGCGGGUGUUGGAAACAAAACGCUUUUAGGAAAAACAAACAAACAAAGGAUUGUGUAGAUUCAGAUGUUUCUAAUGUUACUGCGCAUUAAAUGUUUGUUCACUGUGCCCAGCACCACGCAGCGCGCUCUGCUCCCCGAGAGAAAGCAAAAACAAGCAGAGACAUUAUUUUCAUUAUUUAGUCAGUUCUAUGUCCCACAAAGUGUCCAGGAUGAUUUCAAAUGUCUUGUCCAACCAACAGUCUGAGAUACUGAGACUAAAGAAAGCAGACAAUAUUCACAUCUGAGGAGCUGAAACCAGAGAAUCUGAAAUGGUUUAAAUGAAUCAUCAGUUAUCAGAAUAGUUAUGGAUUAAUUUCCUGUCAAUAAACAAGCAGCUUAAUCGAAUCAUCGCUGAGUCGACGACAUUUACUGAGGUCCUUUUGUACUGCCGGCCUCUGACAGCCGUCUGUGCUCCUUUAAUAUUGAAUUUCUGACAGCAUUAUAUUUAUUGUACAUUCAUAUUUCAGAUUUUACACACAAAAUGUCAGUCAUUGAUUUUUAUUAUUAAUUAUUAUUUUGUAAAUGUGAGUGUAAAAUCCAUGAAGAAAUGUGGUUUUAGUUACUGAACAGUGGCUGGGUCAGUCCCAGACCUUUCUCCAGACCUUGUUAGAAAGCUGUGGGGCUGAUGGGAGAUGAAGUGUGUGGGUUAUAACACAGAACAGUAACUGUGCCUUUAUACACUGCUGUCCUUUGUAAAUAUAACUGUGUGAAAAAUGAAUUCAAAGCAUACUUUUCAAUAUAACAUUUAAAUAGACUGAAAUAAUAAACCUAAAAAAUAUGGCUUAAUAAAUGGACAUUAAUAAAUUCAAAGCUCACAAACAAAGGGUUUCAGAAGGUUUACAGAUCUGGCUUUUUGGUUGACCUGUUGGAAAUGGUGAAACGGGCUUUUCAGUGGACAGCGAUCCUUCCUGUCUCUGAUCCCAGAGCAUCUCUGUAGUAGAUAAUCUGCUCUAAUCUGUUAAUCUGCCGCUCCCUUCUGUCCCAGCUCAGCUCGGUUAGUUCUCUUUGGUCUGUUUGGAUCUGUUGGGAUGAGAGCCGCGGCUCCAGGAGGAUUCCUGGUGCUGCCAUGGCCCGGGGGUGGCGGAGGAGUGGACCCAGAGCCGGAGCUGGGGCCAGGGGAGGAGGGCCAGGGAGGACUGCUGCUGAGAUGUGGAGCUCUGCUGGGACUCAGUUUGAUCUGUGUGGCGGUGUUGAGGAGGUGGAUCGCAGGUGGAGUGUGUCGUUGUUCAGUUCGUCUGGAUGGAAAGACGGUUCUGAUUACGGGAGCGAACACCGGCAUCGGCAAAGAGACGAGCAGAGACCUGGCACGCAGAGGGGCCAGAGUGGUGAUGGCAUGCCGGGACCUUACCCGGGCGGAGCGGGCAGCCGAGGAGAUCCGGCGGACGACAGGAAAUGGUAACGUGGUGAUCAGACACCUUGACCUUGCCUCCGUUUACUCUGUCAGGCAGUUCGCUAAAGACUUCCUGGACAGUGAAGACAGACUGGACAUCCUCAUCAAUAACGCAGGAGUGAUGAUGUGUCCAAAAUGGCUGACAGAGGAUGGUUUUGAGACUCAGCUGGCUGUCAAUCAUCUGGGUCACUUCCUGCUGACUAAUCUGCUGCUACCGAAGCUGAAGAGCUCUGCCCCCAGUCGGGUGGUCAAUGUGUCAUCCAUCGCCCACCAGGGCGGUCGUAUUGACUUUGAUGACCUGUUCUUCAGCAGAAAGCCGUACAGCCCUCUGGAGAGCUACCGACAGAGCAAACUUGCCAACGUCCUGUUCUCCAGAGAACUUGCCCGACGACUCAGAGGCUCUGGAGUGUCGUCGUUCUGUCUCCACCCGGGUGUGAUCCGAACUGAACUGGGUCGUCAUGUUCAGGGCUGGUUCCCCUUACUGGGGGUGCUGCUGAGCCUCCCGUCCCUGCUGCUCAUGAAGACUCCCAGUCAGGGCUGCCAGACCACUGUUUACUGCACCGUGACACCAGGUCUGGAGAGGCGAUCUGGACAGUACUUCAGUGACUGUGCUGAGAGGGAAGCCGCUCCGGAGGGGCGGGAUGACGAGGUGGCGAGGAGGCUGUGGGAGGAAAGCGCCCGAUUGGUUGGAUUAAAGGACACGUGCUGACUUCUUAAACAGGGAAAGAGGAAGUGAAGGCUUCUCAGACUGUAGCGCCCCGGUCAGACAGACGAAGAGACAACAAAAAGCAUCAGUGCAGUGCGAUGAUUGUGAUGAUUGAUAGCUCCCGAGAGCCAAUCAGAGGCAUCCCUGAGUUCAUGGUGGGAGCAAUAACAGUAAUAUUAAUAAUCAAUACAAUUUUAUUUCUUUCCAUUAUUAAAUCAAAGCUAGUCAGGUGUUUUAAUCACAAAGACAAAAAAACAUUUCAUAUAUUUUUGAGAAUUUAUAUUUUUUGUCGGUUUACUUUCAAUUAUAGAACUAAAACUUUAUUAAACAGCUGUGAAGGUAAAUGUGUUGUUACUCAAGUACUGAAAAUAGAGUCAACAGUUUUCAGACAGUAUAGAAUUAAAUUGUGCUUGUUGUAAAAGACAUGUUUGUAUGGUCUGAACUGAGAACAUGGUGCCUGAUUGGCAAGUGACCUCUGACCUGUAUGCAUGUAAGGUUGGACUGGAUGUUCUUUUAUUUGCAUGGUCCGUCUGUGUUCUCUUAAUUCUUCCUUUAUGUUCCUCUCAUGUUCCAUUUAUUUCCCGUCGCCCCCCUGAUGUUUCCUUGUGAUGAGAUUUUUUUGUCAAACUUUCUGUAUUUAAAUGACAACUAUUUGUUGACAGAGAGUUAAAUUAAACUGAUCGCACUCAA